ACAUAAUGCAUCGUCAUGCCAGUUGAGAUCAAGGUGGUCAUCCCAGACGUUGCUUCAGUCGAGGAGGAUGAAAGCGACGAUGUUGUCAACGACAUCAGCGAGACGCAGUCAGAAAUCAUCAGACGCGUCAGAAAAAGCUCUGUCCAAUCUAGACAGCGCCAGUUACGUCCAUCAUCGGCCCCGCCUCAACAGAGCAUGUCGCUCCGCCUACCAGUUGCCACCAACUAUGAUGUGGACAAUGAAUACAACUACAUCAUGGAUAAAGCGCUCAAUGCGUAUAAGAAGCAUUGCGAGAAGGAGAAAGCAGACGCACGCCAGUCCCAGCUCCGCUCGUCCUACAAGAGGCGGAUGUUUCUAUCCCAGGGCCCGAGAUCCCCCAGACAUCCUCCCGGGGGUCGACCACGCCCUUGGUCCGCCCUACCGUCUAAAUUUGACGCUAUCAAAGAGGUCGAUCAGGCGAACAAUGAAUCUCGAGACAGCACCCCUCGGAAGGUUUUGAACGUACGAACGAUAACGCUAGGAUCAGGCACGAUGGACGUACCAACGAAGAAGACGACGAGCUACCAACGACGGAACCAAACCUCACAUUCCUGGUACAGCCAGAGUUUCCCGUCGGCUAGUUUCCUCCAACAGCCCAUACAAGGACUCACCAUUUCUAAAAGCAGAUCGCUAAAUACUUCCCCGGUUAAAGCUGAAGAAAAAAAGAAACGGCCGUCAACGACAUAUGAAUACGACGGCGGUGUAUUUGCCCCAACGACACCACGGAGAGACUUUUUCGUAAUACACCCAGACUGGGUGUCGGAGUCGGUAACAGUCCAGAAACUGUCCUUGAACGAGCGGACCAAAAAAUCCUCGACGUGGCCUGGCAGACGAUGUAGAAGUGCUCCUCCGCCCAAAUUCAGAAAUCCAAUUACAUGGGACUGAUAUCACAUGCUGCAAUCCCAUUGGUGCUUUAUUCCCGGAAGUGAAUUGGAGGUUGUACUCGCACGUGGUUGUGGGACCUAACCGUGGCUUGGUUGGAGCUGUCUGUUAUAGUGGCCUUGUCCCGAGUGUACACUCAACUGCAUCUUGCAGACCGCCAUGUUCUUACAAUGGAUACCUGUGUUUAGUGCGGGGAUCGAGGUACGGGAAGGCACAAAGUGGCUUUGUGUAUGACUACUGGCAUUAGUUGUUGUUUACUAUCGGUGUUUCAGUCCUCGCAGAACUUUCUCAGGAAGAAGCACGUGCAUGUCCGCUUGACUGUGCACAGGAGGAGUGCCCGGGGAUAUUGCAUAAUUCGUAUUUUAUACCUUAAUUGCACACCUUUCGCUAAUCUUUCGCCAUCAUUUCAGAUAAUGCAUGUAAUAAGGUCAGGCUAAGUAAGGCAAUCAUCCGAGAACGAAAGUUAUUCUUUGUGAAAGACAUACACAUCCACGUUAGAAACGUCCUUAAGGGGAGACUACUCGGUAACAGUUACAGUUUACGUUGCGUCAAAAAUCUAAAUAGUUGCUCCAGAUAUGUUUCUAUUGUAGAAUAGUAUUCAUUAACAACUAGAACCAAUGUCUAGACGCUUUUUGACGUUUUCGGCAGCUAUACACAUCGACUGAUUUUCAUACUUAUAUCAUGCAAUGAGUAAUCUCCCUUUACACUUGACAGGAAUGUGGUCCUUGGACAAGAUACUUGCAUAAUAACGGGUGACGGGUGAUACAAAAUGGAAGAAUAUUUAUGUUACAAUUUUACUUAAGGGAUGAUAUUAUUCGUUUAAUACUGAACGAAUAUACUUAAGACUGGUAUGACGGAAUAUAACGUUUUGUUAUUUUGUAAUGUAAUCAAUUAUAGUAUUUCAAACACUAUUAUAAACUGGAUCAUAUUUGUGAGAAUAUACUUGCAAUAUCGCCUUUACCCUAAACGUAAAGACAUAUUAUUAAGAUGUUACUCUUGAUCAGGGUUACGAUGAUUCCGUGAAAUGUGCAUUUUCAGUUUUACUAAAUGUAAACUGUUGCAUGAGAACUUUUGAGAGAAGUACAUCCUAACAAACAGACCAGACCAGUUCACAUAAUGCUUGUGCAAGCAGAAACUAACCAAUCACGACCUUGACCUCAACAUUCGUGACAUUCUUGUGGUGAAGAACCGGUCAAGGUCAACGGUCCAUUUUAACUAACAUGUGAUAAACUAACAUCUUUCAACAUGGCAGCACGAGAUUCAAGGGUGGACAAUUCCUGCAGAAAAAGAAUCGGCUCGACACCACACUGCCAUGAUGUUCUCGCUUGUGUAGUUGAGAUUUGUUAAACCCGUUAUUGUUGGAAAAGGUGGUGAAGAACCCUCGCAGUCCCAAGCAAUAUACCUGUAAUGUAAUGGACAGAGGGAGGGUUGCGCUGUGAUAAGGGGACCCUAGUUCCAGACUAAGCGGGAAAUGGUUAACUGGUAAACGCAUAUUGAUUUGUUUUGGGGUAUGUGCAUUGCAUAUAUACGCCACUGUAAUCACAAAUGUGUUGCUUAAGUAUUGUUGCGUGAAUGGGAGCUUGUUCUUAAGAAACAGCAGAAAUAAAGGAGGUUGUUCCAAAGCCGUGUGGAAAUGAUCAAAACGAACAGCGCAUUCAGACUAACGGACCACAAUUCUCACUUGGGUAAAACGUGGCGACAGUUUGUCGUAAUUUCUGUUAUCUCGUCAUUAUGCUCAUUUGUCAUACAUCUGAAAAUUCAAUAUUGGGACAGUGCGCCGUUUAAAAAUCAAGCAUGAUUGUAAAAUGCGUUUAUCAUGAAAUGCAUGUGCAAUAUUGUAAACCUGUGAUUCUUAUUUCUUAAGAGCUUGUUCAAAUGAAACCAAAAUAAUGCUAUGGAAGUAAUUGGUAUUAAAGAUACUGUAAUUGUAUGAAAUAAUCUCAGACCACCGAAAAUAUGCUUAGUUGCUGAUCCCGUUCAAUUCUACCUGUGGCCCAUGUGAACAUUUUGGAACAUUUAGUUAAAUACUUGCACAAAGUCAGCUUUUCAAAAUCGUUGCCGAGUACGUUCCGAGUUACCGGUGCAAAGGCGACUGGCUUUCAUAAUGCUCUCUAUUCUUCACACAGUUCAGUGAAGCAUAAAAGGAUAUCUGUCAAUAUGCAAACUGAUUUUGUCAAAUAAAUUCGAUGUAGCGCUGCAUCGAGCUGAGAUAA